UCGUCUCCGAAACUUAAGAAGCAUAAAAUGAGUGGCGACCUUUUAUUACGGACAAAUAUUGAUAAUUUCAAGAUCUUAGUGCUCCAAGAUACCUGCAAAACUGCAAUUUCUAAACCCUAUCAAAAACCAUACACAGAUUUACACCAUAGUUAACAAUAUCUUCUAAUUAAUCAUGGAAGGUCGGGAAGAACUUGCAUCACCCAUCGUCGCAACAAAAGUGAGCCCGUCGGCGAAGAAGGCACUGCUGAUUCUCAACUGCAUCCUCCUGUCCCUCGGAAACUGCGGUGGCCCAUUGAGCAUGCGCCUCUAUUUCCUCCACGGCGGCAACCGUGUCUGGCUCUCCGCCUUCCUUGAAACCGGCGGUUGGCCGUUCAUCUUAAUCGUCCUUCUCGUUCUUUACUUUUGCCGGCGUUGUUCAACUUCACCCACGUCAACAACCGUCGUGUUCAUGCGUCCUCGGCUGUUCUUCGCAGCGGCCGUCAUCGGUGUUCUUACCGGCCUCGACGACUUCCUCUACGCCUGCGGCGUUUCCCGCCUCCCUGUCUCCACCACUUCCCUCAUCAUCGCCUCCCAGCUCGGCUUCACCGCGUUCUUCGCAUUUCUGUUAGUGAAACAGAAAUUCACGCCGUAUUCUAUCAAUGCGGUGAUGCUUCUCACCGUUGGAGCGGCGGUGCUAGCGUUGCAUACCAGCAGCGAUCUCCCAAAUGGAGAGUCGAGGGCGGAGUAUUUAAAAGGGUUCUUUAUGACUGUAGCGGCGGCGGCGUUGUAUGGACUGGUGUUGCCGAUGGUGGAGAUGACAUAUAACAAGGCAAAGCAGGCGAUAACAUAUACACUGGUGUUGGAGAUUCAAAUGGUCAUUUGUCUAUUUGCUACAAUCGUUUGCACAACAGGGAUGAUCAUUGACAACGAUUUCAAGGCGAUUCCAAGAGAGGCGAAGGAAUAUGAACUUGGUGAAACGAAAUAUUAUGCAGUGUUGUGUAUAAACGCAAUUUUCUGGCAAAGUUUCUUCUUGGGGGCUAUCGGAGUGGUAUUUUGUGCAUCAUCGUUGCUAUCAGGAAUCAUAAUCGCUGUACUACUUCCGGUGACCGAGGUAUUGGCGGUGGUUUUCUACAAAGAGCAUUUCCAAGCGGAAAAGGGUAUCGCACUUGUUCUAUCUCUUUGGGGAUUUACAUCUUACUUUUAUGGCGAGUAUAAAGUGAUGAAAACGAAAGACAUAGAAAGAGAAUCUUUGCAUGAUAGAUCGGUGGAUUUGCCUCAAAUUAAUUACUCUUCCGUAUGAUUUGUAAUUAUUUUAUGUAUUUUUGGAUGUUUAGGUUGUUUUAUUUCAACUUAUAUUUUUUUUUUGAUGUUAAAGGUUGUUUUAUUUUACAUUAUACUCUUUUAUCACA